GGACCGCAGCGGGCUGAGCGGCGCUGCUGGUAUCAGAGCCCGGCGAGCGUUGGCAGUUCCGCGGCGGGGAUGCUGAGGAGCGCUGGGCUGGCGAGCAGCCGUGGCCACUGCGGACUUCCGAGGUACUCCGGGCCGUAAAAACCCCUGGGCCGCUGCCAAUCCCAGGUUCCUGAGGCCAUUCACCGUUCCUGAAGCCGGCCGGGGCGAGAGUCCAGCGGAGCAGCGGCUGUUCCCUGAUUCUGGGCUUUCGGAGCGUCUGGAACCCCGAGAGACAUCCCGGGGCUCUAGAACCUCCCCAGCGGCCCCCAGUCCCAGCUUCCUGCGUGCGUCUGUACAAAACCCCCUCGGGUGCACCGGUCGCCGGCGAGCCGUGGCCGGAUCCUGGCACACAGCAUGAUCGUUGCAGACUCCGAGUGCGGCGCGCAGCUGAAGGGCUACCUGCCAUUCUCCCCGGGCGGCGGCGGCGGCGGCGGCCCCGGGGCCGGAGAGGAGCAGAGGGGAAGUCGGACUCGGCGAGGUCCCCGAGGGCCCAGCGCCUUCAUCCCAGUGGAGGAGGUCCUUCGGGAGGGAGCAGAGAGCCUGGAGCAACAUCUGAGGCUGGAGGCAUUGAUGUCCUUGGGGCGAGUGGACAACCUGGCGGUGGUGAUGGGCCUGCACCCUGACUACCUUAGCAGUUUUUGGCGUCUACACUACCUCCUGCUGCACACAGAUGGGCCCCUGGCCAGCUCGUGGCGCCACUACAUUGCCAUCAUGGCUGCCGCCCGCCACCAGUGUUCCUACCUGGUGGGGUGCCACAUGGCUGAGUUUCUGCAGACUGGUGGUGACCCUGAGUGGCUGCUCGGUCUCCAUCAUGCCCCCGAGAAGCUGCGCAAGCUCAGCGAGAUCAACAAGUUGCUGGCACACCGGCCGUGGCUCAUCACCAAGGAGCACAUCCAGGCCUUGCUGAAGACGGGCGAGCACAGCUGGUCUCUGGCGGAGCUCAUCCAGGCCCUGGUCCUGCUCACCCACUGCCACUCGCUGGCCUCCUUUGUGUUUGGCUGCGGCAUCCUCCCUGAGGGGGACCCAGAGGGCAGCCCUGCCCCCCAGGCACCUUCACCCCCCAGUGAGCAGAGCAGCCCCCCCAGCAGGGACCCAAUGAACAACUCUGGGGGCUUCGAGGCUGCCCGAGACGUGGAAGCGUUGAUGGAGCGCAUGAGGCAGCUGCAGGAGAGCCUGUUACGGGAUGAGGGAGCAUCCCAGGAGGAGAUGGAGAGCCGCUUUGAGCUGGAGAAGUCAGAGAGCCUUCUGGUGGCUCCCUCAGCUGACAUCCUGGAGCCCUCUCCACACCCAGACAUGCUGUGCUUUGUGGAGGACCCCACUUUUGGAUAUGAGGACUUUACCCGGCGAGGGGCUCAGGCACCCCCCACCUUCCGUGCCCAGGAUUAUACCUGGGAAGACCAUGGCUAUUCACUGAUCCAACGGCUCUACCCUGAGGGCGGGCAGCUGUUGGAUGAGAAGUUCCAGGCAGCUUAUAGCCUCACCUACAACACCAUUGCCAUGCACAGUGGAGUAGACACCUCCGUGCUCCGGAGGGCCAUCUGGAAUUACAUCCACUGUGUCUUUGGUAUCAGAUAUGAUGACUAUGACUACGGGGAGGUGAACCAGCUCCUGGAACGGAACCUCAAGGUCUAUAUCAAGACGGUGGCCUGCUACCCAGAGAAGACCACCCGAAGAAUGUACAACCUCUUCUGGAGGCACUUCCGCCACUCAGAGAAGGUCCACGUGAACUUGCUGCUCCUGGAGGCCCGCAUGCAGGCUGCCCUUCUCUACGCCCUCCGUGCCAUCACCCGCUACAUGACCUGACUGCGAGCAGGAUCUGGGCCCGGAGCAGCUGACCCUGGGGGCAUCCUCCUCCCUGCAAGGACUUCUCUUUCUGGAGACAGACCCCGAUCCUUUUCUGUCCCAGCCCCCCCUCCCCUACUCCGGAGGUGGGCUUGUGUGUGACUUGUAGCCCCUGAGCCGUACCCUCCUUUUUUCUCACCAGAACGGCCAGGAUCAUUGCAUUGACCUCAGCAGAGAUCUCUGCAGAGAUCUCAGCUCUGCCCUCGGGAGCUGGAAGAGGAGGCCUAGCAGAUCACAAGGGACCAUGCCCCUCUUCCUGCCCCUGACCCCAGAGGCGGAGGGCACCGGAAGGAAAUGAGCUGAGCUCAGACUCGCGUGCCAGCAGGCUGGGCCGCAGGCAUCACAAGUACUGUGGCCUUCCUGGACUGGGAAGUCCCUGCCUGCCCCUGAAGGAGAGGAGCGGACACCUGCAGGGACUGACACUCCAAGCAGUUGUGCCCUUUCUCCUCCUCCUCCUCCUCCCUCACUCCCAGAUUUCAUUACCUCCCACCCGCCAUUCACCCAUCAAUGUGAAAGUCAGUGUCACAGCUGGUCUGUGUGUUCGGCUCCCCAGAAGCCUGUUCUGUUGGGCAGCCUGAAGGCCCCCUGUUCCCUAGUUGCCCUGAUCCUAGUUUAGCACCUUUGACUUCCUUCACCCCCUGACUCUUUUUUUCCCAUGCCUGAUGGUGUGAGGCCCCAGAAGAGAGAUCAAGCACGUCAAAAAAGUAGAUUAUCUCUAGGGAGCUUGGGGUGUCUGUGGGUCCCUCUGACUUCUGAAGAGGAGGGAGUAUUAUAAAUUCUCUGUAUUUUUGGUU